CAACGGGUCUGCAGGCAACGCUCUUCCGGGCGCCGAGGGCAGCGGCACUCCCGGCAGCGCCGGCUCAAAAACAUCGCUCCUAAACAAUCCCCAAUUGACCCAGUUGCGGGCCCAGAUCAUGGCGUACAAGCUCCUGGCACGCAACCAGCCCGUGCCGGACCACAUCAGCAUGGCUGUCCAUGGCACAGGCUCCUCCCAAGGCACCCCUCAGGGCUCGCCUCAGCCAGGACCACCGUACAUGCACAGGCCACCAGGAGCACCGUCGCCUUCCAUGCGGCCAUCCCCCCAGCCCGCACCACCCAUGAGUUCAGGGGGCCCCCCACAGCAGUAUGGGCCAAGUGGCAGCCAGGGCACCGGUGUGGGCGUACCGCCGGCCAUGGGUCCCCAGUACAAUCCCGUGGCACCCACUUCCGGGGCUGCCGUUCCUCCGGGAGUGCCGCCCCCUCCUCCGCACGGCCAGCCCCCUCACCCCAUGAUGGGAUCCCAAGGGGGUGGGGCACCGACUCCUCCACCCCAGGGGGCCGGUGCGGGGCCACCCGGGGGAGGGCUGCCCCUGCAGCAAGGUCCCCGUCCGGGAUGCCAGGCGCCGCCUCAAAAUGCAAGGGGUAGUCCUGGAACGGGACCACCAUCUUCGAUGCCUGCUAUGAUGCAGAUGCAGCAGCAGAAGCAGAACCGCCUCACGCCCGUGGCCAAGCCCCAGGGCGUCGACCCCAUUGAGAUUCUGAAGGAGAAGGAGAACCGGCUGACAAGCCGCAUUGCCCACCGCAUCGAGGAGCUCUCCAAGCUGCCGGCCAACCUGCCCGAGGACCUGCGCAUCAAGGCCAUGAUCGAGCUGCGUGCCCUGCGGCUGCUCAACUUCCAGCGGCAGCUGCGCGCCGAAGUGGUGCAGUGCAUGCGGCGCGACACCACCCUCGAGACCUCGCUCAACCCCAAGCUAUACAAGCGCACCAAGCGCCAGAGCCUGCGCGAGGCCCGCCUCACCGAGAAGCUUGAGAAGCAGCAGAAGCUGGAGCAGGAGCGCAAGCGGCGCCAGAAGCACCAGGAGUACCUGGCGGCCGUGCUGCAACAUGGCAAAGACUUCCGCGAGUUCCACCGCGGCGUCCAGGCCAAGGUAGCCAAGGUGAACAAGGCGGUGGCCACGUACCACGCCAACACGGAGCGCGAGCAGAAGAAGGAGCAGGAGCGCGUCGAAAAAGAGCGCAUGCGGCGGCUCAUGGCCGAGGACGAGGAAGGGUACCGCAAGCUCAUCGACCAGAAGAAGGACCGACGGCUUGCCUUUCUGCUCUCGCAGACAGACGAGUACAUCCACAACCUCACCGAGAUGGUGCGCCAGCACAAGGCCGAGCAGCGGCGGAAGCUGCGCGAGAAGAAGAAGAAAAAGAAGAAGAAGCAGCCGGGCCAGCAGGAGGGGGGCGCUGGAGGUGCGGCCGGUGGGGAAGGCGGCGCACCCGGGUCGUCCGACGCGCCCAUGGAUGCGAUGGUGGAUGAAAGCUCACAGCACAGUGACCUCAGGGUCAACGUCAUCGAAACAUCAACCGGCAAGGUCAUUGAAGGCAAGGAUGCUCCGCUGGCAAGCCAACUUGACGCAUGGCUUGAAAUGCACCCAGGAUUUGAAGUGGCGCCAAGAGAAGCCAGUGACGACGAAGAAGAGGGCGAGACCGAUGACUCCACUGAGUCUGAGGAUGAGGGUGACGACAACUCCCAGCAGCAACAGCAGCAGCAACAACCUGUCAGCACACCGGGCAAGGCGGAGCCGGAUGACCACGUCAAGAGCGUGAUUCAGGCCGCAGCUGCUGAGGACGACGAGUACAAGGCGGGCGGCUACCAGAACUACUACAACAUAGCGCACGCCAUUCGGGAGGAGGUCCGCGAGCAGGCCUCGCUCAUGGUCAACGGGGUGCUGAAGGAGUACCAGGUCAAGGGGCUGGAGUGGCUCGUCUCCCUCUACAACAACAACCUCAACGGCAUUUUGGCCGACGAGAUGGGUCUCGGCAAGACCAUUCAGACAAUUGCUGUCAUCACAUACCUGAUGGAGAAGAAGCGUAUCAACGGACCGUAUCUCAUCAUUGUGCCACUUUCGACGCUGUCCAACUGGAUGCUGGAGUUUGACCGGUGGGCCCCGUCGGUGGUCAAGGUGGCGUACAAGGGUUCGCCCAACCUGCGGCGCCAGCUGUCUCAGCAGCUGCGCAGCAGCAAGUUCAACGUGCUCAUCACCACCUACGAGUACGUCAUCAAGGACAAGGCGGUGCUGGCCAAGAUCCGCUGGAAGUACAUGAUCAUUGACGAGGGUCACCGCAUGAAGAAUCACCACUGCAAGUUGACUCAGAUCCUCAACACGCACUACAGCGCUCCGCACCGCCUGUUGCUGACGGGCACACCGUUGCAGAACAAGCUGCCUGAACUAUGGGCUCUGCUGAACUUCCUUUUGCCGAGCAUCUUCAAGAGUUGCAACACAUUCGAACAGUGGUUCAACGCUCCGUUUGCGACGACUGGUGAAAAGGUUGAACUAAACGAGGAAGAGACGAUCCUGAUUAUUCGGCGUCUCCACAAAGUCCUGCGACCGUUCCUGCUGCGGCGACUCAAGAAAGAGGUCGAGUCGCAACUUCCCGAAAAGGUGGAAUACGUCGUGAAGUGCGACAUGUCAGCACUGCAGAGACUCCUGUACAGACACAUGCAAACGAAGGGCGUACUUCUUACAGAUGGAUCUGAAAAGGACAAGAAGGGCAAGGGCGGCACCAAGACGCUGAUGAACACCAUCAUGCAGCUGCGCAAGAUCUGCAACCACCCAUUCAUGUUCCAACACAUUGAGGAGGCCUACGCCGAGCACAUUGGUUGCACUGGGAGCAUUGUUCAAGGACCCGACCUGUACCGGGUGUCUGGCAAGUUUGAGCUGUUGGACCGGAUACUUCCGAAGCUGCGAUCCAAGCAGCACAGGGUGCUUCUCUUCUGUCAGAUGACCACCCUGAUGACCAUCAUGGAGGACUACCUCACCUACAGGGGGUAUCGGUACCUGCGUCUCGACGGUACAACCAAGGCGGAAGACCGUGGUCAGUUGCUGGAAAUGUUUAAUGCCAAGGAGUCUCCCUAUUUCAUUUUCCUGCUGAGCACCCGGGCUGGUGGACUGGGGCUCAACCUGCAGGCGGCGGACACGGUCAUCAUCUUCGACUCGGACUGGAACCCCCACCAGGACCUGCAAGCACAAGAUCGAGCCCAUCGGAUUGGCCAGAAGAACGAGGUGCGGGUGCUGCGGCUCGUGACGGUCAACUCGGUGGAGGAGCGCAUCCUGGCUGCGGCCAAGUACAAACUCAACCUGGACGAGAAGGUCAUCCAGGCCGGCAUGUUCGACCAGAAGUCGACGGGCUCCGAGAGGAAGCAGUUUCUCCAGGCCAUCCUCACCCAGGACGAGAACGACGAAGAGGAAGAAAAUGAAGUGCCAGAUGAUGAAACCAUCAAUGAAAUGAUUGCCAGGAACGAGGAAGAACUAGAGCUUUUUCAGAAAAUGGACAUUGACCGGAGAAGAGAAGAGGCUCGCAGUGUGAAGAGGAAGCCUCGUCUGAUGGAGGAAGACGAACUGCCCAAGUGGCUGCUCAAGGACGACGCCGAGGUGGAGCGGCUAACCAAUGAGGAAGAGGAGGACAAGCUGUUUGGGCGAGGAAACCGGCAGCGGAAGGAGAUCGACUACUCGGAUGCACUCACCGACAAGGAAUGGCUUCGGGCCAUUGAGGAUGGUAACCUGGAUGAGAUGGAAACGCGCAAGCGCUCCCGCAAGUCCGGUGGCAAUGGCGUCCCGUCAAGCUCUGGCGGUGAGCGGGGGGGCAAGCGCAAAAGCGGCCCUUCCAGGCAAAUUGUGGACGACGAGCCCGUGGUGAAGAAGCGCCGUGGCAGGCCACCCGUCGAGAAGGCCUCUCCGAACCCGCCCUCUCUGACCAAGCAGAUGCGCAAGCUCAUCGACAUAGUCAUCAAUUACAAGGACAGUGAUAGCCGGGUACUAAGCGAGGCCUUUCUGCAGCUGCCAUCAAAGAGGGAACUUCCCGACUACUACGAAGUCAUCAAGAAACCCGUCGAUCUGAAGAAAAUCAAAGCUCGCAUCCGUGAGCACCGGUACCGGACGCUGGAUGACCUGGAGGACGACUUCAUGCUGCUCUGUGUCAACGCCCAGACGUACAACGUGGAGGGCUCGCUCAUCUAUGAGGACUCCAUCGUGCUGCAGUCGGUGUUCACCAGCGCCCGCGAGCGACUACAAAAGGACGGCGACCUCGCCCUGGGCACGGACGACCAGGACACUGACGAAGACGGAGCCGGCCCGUCGGCCGAGCACGGCUCGGAGGUGCGACCCCCUCCUCUCCUGUUGCUGCCCACGUGAAGAUGCUGACCCUUUCCUCUCCUUGCCUCUUCACCGUUCGUCCCCCUCACCCAUAACGCUCACCUAACACAGUCUGCAUCGUGCACUGCUCGAGUGACCGUCAAGUCUGAUUCCUAGCAUCAAGUGCUCCGUCACGUCUGUUAGGGCACCACUAUCUGUCAAGCGAAUUUGAAGUGCAUAAAAACUUUCACCGAACAAUUUCAAAUGUAAUUUGAAUAGUAUAUAUGACAUGUUAUAAAGGAAAAUUGGCAUAUUUGUCAUGACCAGACUAACCUGCACAAUAUGUAUGUGUUUUAAACUAAAACGAGGCCUGUGCAAAUCUUUUUUUCUUCUUCUCCUUUUUUGUUCAAAAAAGUGGAGACAACUUUGAAUAGUAGUAGGAUUUGACUUUUCUUUGAAUGCAAACAAUAUCCUACAAUAUAUCUUGCGUUUAAAUAUAUACUAUACUUAGAGCCUACAAGCCGGUUAAAGAAGCUUGUAAACUUUAAAAAUGAUGAAUCAAGGGAGUGUGGUGUGUUCAUUCACCCUAAAGUGGGAUGUCGCGGCAUUCCAUUAAAUAGGCGUUUUUAGGGCUUAACACACCUCCACUGAAGUGAAACCACCUUUGCAAAAUGUUACGUGUAAAUUAAUACACAUUUUAGCAGAUGCUUUCACGGGUUAGCAUGCCUCCACUGCAGUGGAAGCCACUUUUACCGGAGUUACACGCCGACAAAUGUACACUUAUUCGUUGAUUUCGAAUACCUUGAAAAUUUCAAUAAUUUAACUUCAAAUCGAAGUGGAUUCGAAUACUGUGAUAUUCGUCCGGAUAUUCGCACAAACGUAGCUCCUUUUUUUUUUAUGAGUGGCAUUUUGUGACGGGUCUGUGAAAAAAAAGUCGGCUUAAAAUAGGAAAGUUACUUUGUACCCUACUUUGAUCCUACGCUCACUAAGGGAAGCAGGCAGGAUUGAUCCAUAAGAAAGAAAAAAGACAAAAUUUGCACAGGGUUCACACGUGGGAUUCGUGCAAGACAGUAUGUGCAUGUGUACUAUGUCGUGUUUAACUACACUUUUCAAGCAACACAAACACCUUAUUACAGUUCGCACGUCAUAAUAUCUUGGUUUUGUCGUGUGACAUCCCACAUUUCAAUUCAGAUGAGCUGGCCCGAAGGUCACUGAAUGAAAUUCCAGCCGUCGCGGCCACAUAUCGAUGCGGCCGAAGUGCUAGAGGCUAGUCUGCUUUUAUAUAGGUGCACAUUAUAGAGCCUCUAGGGAUCUCAAUUUUUGGAGUCCCUUCACUACGGCGUCUUGGCAUCAUAUUGUGGCUUUAAGACUGAAAGCCUCAACAAUAAUUGAAAUGUGAUCCAGACUAGAUGCAAGGGACGUUCGGAAAAUCGGUCUGAAGCUGUCAGUGUCUCGUUAUUAGCGAGGAGAAAGCUCGUAGUAAAACACUGUACCAUGAGAGACGCCAAGUGGCGUGAUGGUGACGUGACGGAGCACUUGACGGCUGUGUGAUUCGGGCAGUAACACCAGCAUUCCUUCCAUCUUCCAUGGCCGCAGCACCCGUGAAUGCACUUCAUCGGCAACUCUACUAACCCAUGUGCACCUUUGUUUGGAACGUGUUGAAAGUUUUCCGAGAACUGCUGCAUUUGCCAGGGCAUUUAUAACUUUGUGAUGUGAUCGUUAAUACACUCGGCAUCUUCAGUUUCUUUUGUUGUGCAUAAAAACUAAUUUUCUCAAGUGUCA